GAGGGGGCGGGUCAUGUCCCUGGUCACGUGAUCGCGCCGCUGCGCAGCUCGAGCGACUGGAACGGAACCGAAUCACCGGACAGAUCAGCUCCGUUUACCGGCCCAGCGCGAUAUUCCGCCCCCCGCGACGCGCUCCAGCAGCGGCAGCAUCAUGUCGGCGGUGCAGCGGAUGAAAGUAGCGAACGAGAAACACAGCAAGACGAUCACACAGAGAGGACACGUGCAGAAAACCACGCGUGUGGUGAACGAGGAGAAGUCUCCGGUCGGUCCGUGGCUCCUCACGCUCUUCGUGUUUGUGGUCUGUGGAUCAGCAAUCUUCCAGAUCAUCCAGAGCAUCAGACACGGCUUGUGACACAUCUACAGACGUCUGAACACACUGGCCUUCACUUCUUCUGUUCAUCUCGCAGUUAUUUACAGCUGAUGUUAUGUGUGUGUGUGUGUGUGUGUGU